AUGAUAUCAAAUGAGACAUUAAAUUCUUCGUCAUCAACGACUAUUGAUGUCCUCACGAGUAAUAUCACAUUUACGACAUCCGAUGAGAUCAAAGAUUGGAUUGGAUUAUCGUUGGAUUUCUUAACAUUUUUGUUGGCAUUUAUUGGCAACAUUUUCAUCUGUCUGGUCGUCUAUAAUAAGAAAAAGUUAAGAUCAACCACUUAUAUACUGAUAGUAAAUAUAGCCAUUUCGGACCUAAUCGGCGGUAUUGUCAUACCCAGUCAGUGGCUAUUUUGUUCGACAUAUAUGCUAGACAUGGGCACUGGUAGUCAACGAGUCUGCAUUCUGGUCAGAUCAUUGCAGAUACUGUCCUAUUAUGUGUCGACAUUUUCGAUGACAGUCAUAGCCAUAGACCGGUAUCGGCUUAUAUGUAAGCCAUCGGUAGCGCGUAUGAAACCACUAAUACCGGUACUAAUCACUUGGAUAUUGGGCUCUAUAUUCUCGACGACCACCUUAUACUCAAUACGUGUUUCGGAAUAUUUUUCGCCAAUUCAGGGACUAAUGGGUUGUCGUAUGCUAUCUGCAUCCAAUAUAAACUAUCAAUUACUUAGAUUGCAGGCAGUAGUCGGCACUUUAAGCCAAUAUUUGAUACCACUGUCCCUAAUCGGCUAUUUCUACGGUAUGGUCAUGUAUACAGUGUGGAAAAGGGAACGGGUGUUGGGCAGCAGUGGUGGACGGGAAGGGUUGAACACAAACAGUGGUAAACAAAAGUUGUUUAACCGGAAUAAAAAACGUACGAUAAAGAUGUUGAUGACUGUUGUGUUGGUAUUUGCUGUCUCGUGGUUUCCCACACAUCUCGAAUUAUUUCUAACGGCUUUCAUUUAUGACAUACCUGUCCACAACCAGUCGAUGACAACCACCGACACUAUCGACGAAUGCAAAUCCAUAUUUUAUAUGAUAUUCAAUUGGCUAGAAAUUAGCAGUUGUUUCUACAAUGUGUUCAUCUAUUGUUAUUUCAAUCAUGAUUUCCGAUCGGAAGCCAUCCGAUACUGGAAUUGUAUGAUACCUAAGGGUUGUUAUUGUCUUCAGAUGGCUUUACCAGCACCGGGUCCUGAGUCGUCGUCGUCAUCGUCGGAUAAUACCAACAGUGGUGUCACAAAUAAUACAUCUAAUAGUAGUAAUAGUAAUAAUAAUUAUUGUACAACACAAACAUAGUUAUCCAACUAAUGUAUUAUAAUAUAUUAUG